AUGUCAUCACCAUCAUCAGGAAUACUUCCAUUCACAGAAGCAAAUUCCAAAAGAAUAGCAUCAUUAUUUAGACAAUCAAUGCGUACUGCAUUUGAUCAUUCUUAUAAAUUUGAUUUAUAUCGUAAACAAGUAAAUAAUAUAAGAUCACAAUUUGAUUCAAAUAAACAGAUUUCAGAUCCUUCAAAAUUAGAUUCUUUGGUUGUAGCUACACAAAAAAAAUUAAAAGAAUGGAAACAUCCUGAUCCUUAUAUUCCUGCUUCAAGACCUGGUGGGACUAAGUAUCAAAGAAAUAUCCCUGUUGCUAGAGAACCUUUGGUGCCUGGGGAUUGGUAA